AUGGCGCUGGCAGUCUUGCGGGUGCUGGACCCCUUCCCGACCGAGACACCCCCGUUGGCGACCUCGUCGGGGCCCGGACUCGGACAGCGAGUCGGACCGUUGCUGGUGAGGCGCGGAGAGGCCCUGCCAGUUCCCGGACCGCGGGUGCUGGAGACGCGGCCGGCGUUACAAGGGCUGCUGGGCCCAGGGACACGGCUAGCUGUGACAGAGCUCCGUGGGCGGGCCAAACUGGGUCCGGAGACUGAGGACUGCAGCCGGCCCCCUCCCCCGCCCGUAGUGUCCUCCUUCGCGGCUUGCGGCACAGUCCGACGACUCCGGGGAGUUCUGGGAGGGACUGGCGAUUCACUGGGAGUGAGCCGGAGCUGCCUCCGUACCCUCGGCCUCUUCCAGGGCGAAUGGGUGUGGGUGACCCGAGCCGGAGAGACAUCGAACACUUCCCUGCCACACUUGGCCACAGUGCAGGUCCUAGAGCCUCGCUGGAACCUUUCUGAAAGGCUGGGACCCAGCUCCGGACAGCUGGGAGAGCCCCUCGCUGACGGACUGGCCCUCGUGCCUGCCACUCUGGCUUUUAAUCUCGGCUGUGAUCCCCUGGAAGUGGGAGAGCUCAGAAUUCAGAGGUACUUGGAGUGCUCCAGCACCUCUGAAGACAAAGGAAGCUGCUCCGUGCUGCCUGGGCCUCCGUUUGCCAAGGAGUUACACAUCGAAAUUGUGUCCUCUCCUCACUACAGCACUCACGGAAAUUACGACCACGUUCUUUACCGGCAUUUUCAGACACCCAGGGCAGUCCAGGAAGGGGAUGUUCUGUGUGUGCCAACAGUUGGGCAAGUGGAGAUCCUGGAAGGAAGCCCAGAGAAACUGCCCAGGUGGCGGGAGAUGUUUUUUAAAGUGAAGAAAACAGUUGGGGAAGCUCCGGACGGGCCAACCAGCGCCUACUUGGCUAACACCACCCAUACCUCUUUGUACUUGGUGGGUUCUACCCUGAGCCUCGUUCCAAGACGCCCUUCAGGGGAGUCCACUCCCUGGAGCAGCUUGUCUCCUCCAGGCCUGGAGGACUUGGUGACCGAGCUCUGUGCUGUCCUGAAGCCUCGCCUCCAGCCAGGGGGUGCCCUGCUGACAGGAACUAGCAGUGUCCUUCUCCGGGGUCCCCCGGGCAGCGGGAAGACCACUGCAGUCACUGCUGCCUGCAGCCGCCUUGGGCUCCACUUACUGAAGGUGCCCUGCUCCAGCCUCUGUGCAGAUAGUAGUGGGGCUGUGGAGACAAAACUGCAGGCCACCUUCUCCUGGGCCCGGCGCUGCCGGCCUGUGGUUCUGUUGCUGACAGCUGUGGACCUGCUGGGCCGGGAUCGGGAUGGGCUAGGUGAGGAUGCCCGUGUGGUGGCCACGCUGCGCCGCCUCCUCUUGGAUGAAGACCCCCUCACCAGCUGCCCUCCCCUGAUGGUUGUGGCCACCACCAGCCGGGCCCAGGACCUCCCUGCGGACGUGCACACAGCGUUUCCUCACGAGCUGGAGGUGCCCGUGCUGUCAGAGGGGCAGCGGCUCAGCAUCCUGCAGGCCCUCACUGCCCACCUCCCCCUGGGCCAAGAGGUGAACCUGGCCCAGCUGGCCCGGCGGUGUGCAGGCUUUGUGGUGGGGGAUCUCUAUGCCCUUUUGACCCACAGCAGCCGGGCAGCCUGCACCAGGAUCAAGAACUCAGGUUCUGGAGGUGGCUUGAGUGAGGAGGAUGAGGGGGAGCUGUGUGCUGCUGGCUGUCCUCUCCUGGCUGAGGACUUCGGGCAGGCGCUGGAGCAGCUGCAGUCAGCUCACUCCCAGGCCGUCGGAGCCCCCAAGAUCCCCUCGGUGUCCUGGCAUGAUGUGGGUGGGCUGCAGGAGGUGAAGAAGGAGAUUCUGGAGACCAUUCAGCUCCCUCUGGAGCACCCUGAGCUGCUGAGCCUGGGCCUGAGGCGCUCAGGCCUUCUGCUCCACGGGCCCCCUGGCACCGGCAAGACCCUGCUGGCCAAGGCAGUAGCCACCGAGUGCAGCCUUACCUUCCUCAGCGUGAAGGGGCCCGAGCUCAUCAACAUGUAUGUGGGCCAAAGUGAGGAGAAUGUACGGGAAGUGUUUGCCAGGGCCAGGGCCGCGGCUCCAUGCAUUAUCUUCUUUGAUGAACUGGACUCCUUGGCCCCAAGCCGGGGGCGAAGUGGAGACUCUGGAGGUGUGAUGGACAGGGUGGUGUCUCAGCUCCUGGCUGAGCUGGAUGGGCUUCACAGCACUCAGGAUGUGUUUGUGAUCGGAGCCACCAACAGACCAGACCUCCUGGACCCUGCCCUUCUGCGGCCCGGCAGAUUUGACAAGCUGGUGUUCGUGGGGGUGAGCGAGGACCGCGCCUCUCAGCUCCGUGUUCUGAGUGCUAUCACGCGCAAAUUCAGGCUAGAGCCCUCUGUGAGCCUGGUGGACGUGCUGGACCACUGCCCUCCCCAGCUGACAGGCGCAGACCUCUACUCCCUGUGCUCCGAUGCCAUGACAGCUGCCCUCAAACGCAGGGUUCGGGACCUGGAGGAAGGCCUGGAGCCCGGGAGCUCCGCACUGCUGCUCACCAUGGAGGACCUGCUGCAGGCUGCGGCCCGGCUGCAGCCCUCAGUCAGCGAGCAGGAGCUGCUCCGCUACAAGCGCAUCCAGCGCAAGUUUGCUGCCUGCUAGGAGCCUCCUCGGCCUGGGACCCUGCCCACGGUGGCAAAAGGUACCUGGGUAUCUCCAGAGACCUGAGAGAGCAAAGGCUGUUUCUCAGGCUGCUGCCGUCAACCCACCUGACGGCUGCCUGCCUCCGGGAGAUCCCCUGGGUGCCGAGUGGCAUCAGGAGCCCCAGGAGAGCUCAGGAGGCAUCCCCUCCUGCCCUCCAGGCCAGUUCCAAGACUAAGGCUCUCUGCUCAGGAGAAGAGGUGGGGCCUGGAGCUCUGGGGAUGGGGCCCUGAGAGAGCACCUUCUGUGGCUGAAAAUAAAGUGUAUGCUGCCCCCUG